CUACAGAUCGCAACCGGAAGUGCGCGCUCGAUCAGCUCUGGGAUGGAUUGGCGCCGACUGCUGCCUGUGCUGAGCAGCGACAAGAGGAAAGGCCAAGAUGGCGGCGAGAGUGAGAGCGCGGAAGGGGCCGUGCGGUUAACGGAGAGCGGCGCCUGGGCGUGUGAUGGGAGCGGGAUAACUCGGGAUGUGUGAGAGCUACUCGCGCUCGCUGCUGCGGGUGUCGGUGGCGCAGAUCUGCCAAGCCCUGGGCUGGGACUCCAUGCAGGUGACCGCCUGCGACCUGCUCACCGAUGUCCUGCACAGGUACCUGCAGCAGCUGUGCCGGGGAGCCCACCGCUACUCCGAGCUGUAUGGACGGACAGACCCUGUUCUGGAUGAUGUAGGACAAGCCUUUAAACUAAUGGGGGUGAAUCUCCAUGAACUAGAAGACUACAUUCAUAAUAUUGAACCAGUCACCUUCUCACAUCAGAUCCCGUCCUUUCCUGUUAGUAAGAAUAAUGUGCUGCAGUUUCCUCCUCCUGGAAGCAAAGAUAUUGAAGACCGGAAGGAAUAUAUACCCGACUACUUGCCACUUAUUGUCUCUUCACAAGAAGAGGAAGAGGAGGAGCAGGUACCGACAGAUGGCGGGACUUCAGCAGAAGCUAUGCAAGUUCCUCUUGAGGAAGGAGAGAUGGAAGAAGAUGAAGCUAUUAAUGAUGAGAACUAUUUAAGUAAAAGACCACUGGAUAGUCCGGAAACCCUCGAAAUGCCUUUUGCAAAACGGCAAAGAUUGUGCAAUAGUAAAGGAGAUAUUUUGGAUGGAACUUUAGAACCACGAGAGCCACUUAGUUCUAUAAAUUCUCAAAAGGUUCCCCCUGUGCUUUCACCUACUCACAUACAGGAUAAUUCUGAUUUGUCUAUUUCUUCUUCAGAACCAGUAAUGCUUUCUCCUGUUAAACCUCAGACUCCUUCUAAACCUUUAGAAUCUAAAGCCUUUUCCUCAAAAACAAAAUCAAAAACUUCACCAGGACAAAAAACAAAAUCUCCCAAAUCCACUCCAUUUACUACAGUUCUAGGCAGUCCUAUGCGCUCACCUAAAAGUGCUGUAAAAGAGAAGAAGUCUCCUGGACGUGCCAAAAGUCCUAAGAGCCCUAAAAGUCCCAAAGCUUCUGCCCCUACUAUCCAGCCAAUUAUUAAGUCAGAAACACCAAGCCGUACACCGCUAGCCGCAUUAAGUGAAAAGAUUGGAAGAGAGAAUACUCAAGUAAAACACAAUCAAGCAUCACAGGAUUCUGACAAACUAAACACUGAGAAUCCAUCCAAAAAACCAUUGGUAGCUGAUAAUAAUACGAUUGAAGAUUCCAUUGAUGCUGUUAUUGCUCGAGCUUGUGCUGAACAAGAACCUGAUCCAUUUGAGUUUUCCUCAGGUUCUGAAUCUGAGGGGGGUGAUGUCUUCACUAGUCCGAAGAGACUCACUAUAGCAGAACCUGCUACUCCUAAGGUUUCAGUUGCAAACAGUAUCCUUGUUAAAGCAUGUAGCACCCCAAUACCUGCUUCUGGAGGCACAUCCAGUUCUGAUGUGUCAUGGACAAUGGAUGACUCUAUAAAUGAGGUAAUUCGAAAGGUUAACCAAGAAACUCCACCUAGUGUGUCAAUUGCUCAGCCAUGCUUUUCUUCUCCUUCUGCAUCUCCUCCAACUCCAGAACCACUUGUCAAAACUUUUGAGGACAAGUCUAAACUAACUUCACCAGUUGAGUCAAAGAAAAAGGCAAAGAAAGAACUGAAAACAAAGAUAAAGAAGAAAGAUAAACAGAAGGACAAGGAUAAAGGCAAGGAAAAAAAUAAGGACAAAAACAAGGAAAAAGAUAAAGAUGGUAUUAAAGAUCCAAAACUUCAGUGGAAGGACAUUCUCAAAGAUGAUGACGGUGAGAUACAUCGGCUCAAGUCAAAGGAUCUAAAUGAUUCUGAACAGAAGCCAAAGCAAAAAGAGAACAGUGGGAAGAAAGAAAAAGAAAAACAUAAAGAUAAGAAAAAAGAUAAAGAAAAGGGUAAAAAGGAUAAAGAAAAGAAAGAGAAGGGAAAAGAGAAAAACAAAGAAGAAAAGCUCAAGAAUGCUCCACCAACUCCUGUUGUAUUAGCACCUAAAGACAUAUCAUUGCCAAUUAUUAGUACUCCCAGUGCAGUAAGACUGCCUUCCUUGAUGCCUUCUUUGUCACCACUGGUUCCAGAAAAAAUACCCGAAGAACGAGAGAAAACAAAAGAGAAAGACAAGAAAAAGGAGAAAAAAGAAAAGAAGAAAAAGAAGGACAAGGAGAAAGUAAAGGAGAAGGAAAAAGAGAAAAAGGAUAAGGAGAAGAAAGAGAAAGAUAAAGAAAAACACAAACAUGACAAACAGGCCAAAGUGGAGCUAUCUCUUCCAGCUUCAUCACCUGUGAUCCCCCGACUGACACUAAGAGUUGGUGCAGGCCAAGAUACAAUUGUUAUCAGCAAAGUUGUUUCUGCUCCUGAAGUCAAAGCGGCUCCUCCACCAUCUUUGCCUAAAUCUCCUCCACCUGCCCCGUCUCCAGCUCCUGCUCCAGUUCUUGUGGUCCCACCUCCUGUUCAGGCAGCUCCCAUACCAGCGGCAGCUUCGCCAGCUCCAAAUCCAGCUCCCCCUGCCACUGCACCAAAUACUGGCAACUCUAAAACACCGUAUAGAACUGUUGUUACAGAGACGGUCAGUACAUAUGUGAUUCGCGAUGAAUGGGGUAACCAGAUAUGGAUCUGUCCGGGUUGUAAUAAACAAGAUGACGGCAGUCCAAUGAUUGGAUGUGAUGGAUGCGAUGACUGGUAUCAUUGGCCUUGUGUUGGAUUAACAGCAGAGCCAGAAGAAGAGGAGUGGUAUUGUAGAAAGUGUGUCAACAAAAAGAAAGAUAAAAAGCACAAAAAAAGGAAGCACAAAGCUCACUGAGACUUCCAGGGACCAUUUCUUGACUCUUGUGCUUCAUUUAAUAAAGGAGCUAAUGGUUUAGUCGUGCUUACUUUUUGUGGGUUGCACUGUGAAGCAAACAAGUAGUAAGCCUAAGAAGGAAAUCCAGGACCUCCACGUGAAGCUCCACCAGAAGACAAGGAGAGACAGUGCGCUACGACCUCUCUCCAGUCUCCACGCCAGUGCUUUUUCCUGUAUGAUAGAUGUACUUUGUCUUCACAAGUUAAACUUGUAGCCUAUUUGAUAAAUCUGUUAAAUCUAGUGAAUGAUUUUAAAAAAGACUCUAAGGGACUGUGCCCAUUUCGCUUUCAACAUAUUUGCUGUACUGGAUAAUAGUUGUAUGAAAAUCGGUUCUAUUCCUGUACCAAUAUACGUGUCAAGGUCAUAUUUUGUUAUAAAAAUAUAUAAAUCAUCAUUUUCCAUUUUGUGUUUCUUUUUUUUUUUUGCUUUAUAUAAAUAAAUGAUUCUUGCUUUGUGAAAUAUAUAUAUAUAUAUUUUUAAAGAAAUGUUUCUAUUCUCUCCACUUCUUUCCUAGCCAUUUUCAUUGAUAUUUGUAAUAUAUUUUAGAUUUGUUUUUGGUCUUACAUUUUUUUUUAACCUAAACAGUGUGCACACACUUGGCAUUUAUUGGUUUCAUAGUCCCUUAGGCUUUUGCACUGAAUUGUGUGCAGAUUCCCAGUUAGAAGAUGAGCAGAAAAUAUUUGUGUGAAUCCAAACUAUGUCCUAUUGUGUCAGCUUAUUUUACAUUGCAUCUUAAAGCAGCACUGCUUAUUUGUUUUUCAUCUGAAAAUAUGUUUUGUAUAUAUUAAAGGUGUGUCUGAAA